AGUCCCUCCUCAUUCUCAACUCUCUCUCUCUUUCAGAGGUAAAACCCCCUCCCCUAUCUCCCCAUCUCAGCCUUAUGACAUGCAAACACACGUUGUUCACUGCUGGGUUUGCUUCUGUCUGUUGGCUGAAGGGAGCACUGGCAGGGUCACAGGGCUCAUAGUGGACACUGGGAUUGUAUGGACCUGCCUUACCAAGGAUAACACAGCUGCUCUUACAACACUCUUCCCGGGACUAUAAAUCCACUGGAAUUCUGGGGUCUGGGUUCUGGGUUCUGGGUUCUGGGGUCUGGGUUCUGGGUUCUGGGGUCUGGGGUCUGGACAGUUCCUCUUUCCUUCCUUAACAACCUCUCCUGCACAGUGUCUCAGAUACAGAUAACAAGGCCUACUACCUAUGGCGACAGCCCAUUUAGGAAACAUUUUUCCAGGACUGACCGCCGUGGCUGGAUCGCCAACCAGUUACCAUGGCGAUGUGUGAAGGACCAGUAGCUACUCUUCCAGUCAGUCAUCAACCCCCUCACAGACAAGGCCAGACACUGGACACAGUGACCGUUCUACUGGAGGAUCUACAGGGUCACGGUGAGUUUGAAGGUCAGGGUCACGGUGAGGUUGAAGGUCAGGGUCACGGUGAGGUUACCUCUGUAGUGCAGUGUUGUGAUGCCCUGAGUCCCAUGUCCACACCACCUCCCCUGGGGAAAUCAGUAGACCCAGAGCCCAUGAACAGUGGACCUAUUCAGACUCAAACCACAACGAACAGAGACAUAGAUGAGGUGGACAUGGACCAUAGGUCUCCCUCCCAUGUGUGCUGUGAAGCAGAUCCCAUAGAGAGUGGACUGACCCCGGGUCAGACGUGGGACGAGGUGGACCAAACCUCCACUAUGAGCUGUGAUACUGAGGUGGAGCUUGGGACGGAGACUGAGACUACUCCACACAUACAGGUGUGUCCUACAGAGUCUGGUCUGGUCACAGAGGUGAAUGGACGCUCUGGGAAACAGCGUGUUAGGGAGCCUAUAGAGGAGCCGGAGAGGCCGAAGGAGACCCCUUCUCCACCCUCCUCUCCAGUCUCCUCUCCGCCCCUCUCUCCUGGCCAGACUCUGGGCCUUGUUGCCCUUGAUACCCCCCAGGAAGGGUGUCUAGAUGCCCCAGGGCCAGGCGAGGGUAGUUCCAUGGACCUGUUCUGCAUCGUAAAACACAAACCCAGCGCUAUCGUGUUCUCUGGAGACGACAACAUCAGCCCACCUAGAGCCUUCGUCACCCAGAGCCUCGAUGGAGAGGAGUCUUCCUCGGGCGAUGAGGAUGAGGGUGGUGAUGAUUUGGAGGAGGAAGAGGAUGAAGAGAAGGAUGAAGAGAUCCCUGAGCUGCCGCAGUAUAAGGAGUUCCUAGUCAGCCGUCGCCGUAGAAACGUGAGCAGGAACAGGAAGAGGCUGAGGAAAGGACAGGAACUCCCGCCCACUGGCUCUCUGAUUGGCCUGGGCUCCACCAAUAAGACCAGGUUAAAGGACAAGGAAGAAGAAGAUGAGGAGGAGGAGGAAGAGGCUGAAAGGAAACAGGCACGGUCCCCGUGGUGUGAUUCUAUGAGUCAGCUGAUGAGGAAGUUGGAUCAGCUCAAUCUGGACAUACAGGAAGCACUCAGCGCUGCUAGCUCCUCCCACUCUGACAACGACAAACCAGAAACACAACAAUCAGAACUGAGUGCUCCUGCACUGGGAAGGAUGAUAAGCAGAGGCCUGGUCCACGACCACAAUACCUCCAGGCCUUCAACCAGACCCCCAGAGAGCAGCGUGUCCAGCUCCAGACGAAGUUCUCGCCCCCUGGCCCGCAGCAGACCCCUAAUCCGCUCCUCCCUCCACUCCCCCUCACACCUCCACUACAGACGGAGAAGUGGUGAAAGCAGGAUGCCCAGCGAAUCAGAAGAGAUCGAGGCCAAGGAGGCUUGUGAUUGGCUGAGGGCUGCAGGGUUCCCACAGUAUGCCCAGCUCUACGAAGAUUCCCAGUUUCCUAUAGAUAUCUUGUCAGUGAAGAGGGACCAUGACUUCUUGGACAGGGACCUGGUGGAACCGCUGUGUCGACGUCUUAACACCCUGAACAAGUGUUGCUCCAUGAAACUAGAUGUCAGCCACCCCAGGAAGAAAACUGAUGAUUCCGAUGAUGAUGACCCGCUGGCCAUCAGUAAGAGAUGGACCUUUGAAUGGAACAGCCGGCGCUGGUCCCGCCUCCAGGACAUGCACUUCCUGCUGGGCUCGCCCAAUGAGAGCAGCCCUGAGGGGUGCCAGGGGGAGGGGCGACUGAGGAGCACAGUGAGCAGUGAGAGCGUCCUGACGGACCUGAGCGAACCAGAGAUCACGGAUAUAUCCUCUCUGCACAGUCAAGACUCUCUGGGAGCCAUGCUGCCAGACUCUGUCUCUAUGGCCUCACUGGCAGGGCCCUACCAGCCCCCAAGAGACCUGUCCCACUACAACUCUCUACCAAUCAAAAGCAGCCGUCACGGCCAGGGUGGGCGGAGUCCGGCAAAGGCCUUCCUGCGUCGCAUGGAGAUGAUGCGUACCUGGGGGCCGUCCUCCAAGAGGAAGUCAGGAAGUGGACGGGCGCCGCUCGUCAUCAGUGGGCCAGUCCUACAUGGGGAGGAGCCCCAGGCGUUACAGACGCUCCACUGUGUUCCCAUCAAUCAAUCAGAGGACAGUCUUCAUCCUCCCCACCAAUCAGACGACAACUCGUCCCUUAUCGCCCUCGGCAACGGCAGCACUGGCCAAUCGAUGACGAGCGGUGUGAGUUCCAUGCGUCCCUGUGUGAGGGAGUCUGUCUCCAAGCCUCUGCCUAAAAGAGGAAGUAUGUACCUGGAAGACAUGCAGCUGCUCUCUGGCGCCCCCCGUGUUCGGAGGACUGAAGCACAACAGAGCCCGUUCAGCAGGAACCACUUCCGCUCCUAUGAGGACCUGCUGGUCCACAUCCCCAAGAACCACAAACCAGGCACCUUCCCCAAAGCCUUGUCUAUAGAGAGUCUAGCCACAGCCACCAACCACCAGCACCAAACCCCCUCUCCCUCCCCACUCCACCCCAGCAAAGGCUCCCCCUGGACGGGUACGGCUCUGUCCAAGAAGCCUCCCUGUCCUGGAGCUCCGCGGGGCAGCAGGGUGAGUGUGUAUGACAACGUCCCCGGGUCUCACCUUUACGCGUCCACAGGUGACCUGCUGGAUGUGGACCGAGACGAUCACCUGUUCCCCCACCUGGAUGACAUCAUCAGUCACAUCAGCGGCCUGCAGCAGAUUGUAGACCACUGGAGUCGCAUCGUGCUGCCGGAGGGUGGGGUGGGGGAGGAGGGGGAGGCAGGGGAGGGAAAGAGGGGUGAGGGUGAGGGGGAGGGGAGGACCACACCCAGUGAGGGGGAGGGAGAGGGGAGGACCACACCCAGUGAGGGGGAGGGAGAGGGGAGGACCAUGCCCAGUGAGGGGGAGAGAGACGGGGUCUCCCUGAUUGACAUAGAGUCUACAGGGACCAGAGAGAGGAGAGACUCUGGAGUGGGAGCUUCCCUUACCAGACCACGUCUGCGGUGGCCGAGCUUCCGCCUCUCUGACCAUCUGCGCCAAUCAGGCUCCGUGCUGCAGAUCAGUAGCCAAUCAGCAGGCCAGCUCAGCCUGCUCCAGAAGUUUUCUCUGCUCCGACUCACAGCGAUCAUGGAGAAUUACUCCAUGUCUAACAAACACGGCUGGACCUGGUCUGUCCCUAAGUUUAUGAAGCGUUUGAAGGUCCCUGACUACAGGGAGAGAAGCGUGUUUGGUGUUCCCCUCAUCGUUCACACACAGCGCUGUGGUUACCCUCUACCUCUUUGUCUACAGCAGGCCCUGAGACAUCUCAGAAUGCACUGCCUUGACCAGGUGGGUCUGUUCCGUAAAUCUGGUGUGAAGUCUCGUAUCCAGGCGUUGAGACAGGAGUGUGAGACCAGUCCUGACAGUGUGUGUUACGAGGACCAGUCAGCGUACGACGUAGCAGACAUGGUUAAACAGUUCUUCAGAGACCUUCCUGAACCUCUAUUGACGAGCAAGCUGGGAGAGACCUUCCUGCAUAUAUACCAGUAUGUCCCUAAGGAGCAGAGGUUGCAGGCCGUGAGGGCGGCCAUCUUGCUGAUGUCAGACGAGAACAGGGAAGUGCUCCAGACGCUGCUCUGCUUCCUGCGUGAUGUCACUUCCUGUGUAGAGGAGAACCAGAUGACCCCUAUGAACCUGGCUGUGUGUCUGGGCCCCUCCCUGUUCCACCUCAACAUACUGAAGAAUGACAACCUGUCCCCCAGGUCGAUCCAGAGGAAGUAUGCUACGGGCCGUCCGGACCAGAAGGACCUGAGUGAGAACCUUGCCGCCACACAGGGCCUGGCUCACAUGAUUACUGAGUGCCAGCACCUGUUUGAGAUCCCACAGGACAUGGUAAGCCGGUCCCAUAACUCCUACAUGGAAGCUGAGUUACUAGCACCCCCUCUGGACGAGCUGCGUAAGACACAUGACGUGGAGGGGGAGGAGGAAGAGGAGGAGGAAGAGGAGGAAGGAUCGUACCACACACACAUGGAGGGGCUGGUCCAGGGACUACUAAAGGAGGCCAGAGACAGCAGCAAAGGAUGGGUAUCCCGGGCUACCAGUGACCACACUGAACUGGCCUGCAAAAAGGUGGGUGAUGGUAACCCGCUGCGGCGGUGGCGUGUGUGUUUGGAGGUGUGUGCGACGCCCAGUGAGGUGUUGGAGAGGCUGCUGAGGGAGCGCCCCCUGUGGCAGACAGACGUACUGCAGGAGAAGGUUCUGGAAACCCUGGGCAGACAGACAGACAUCUACCAGUACAGCUUGCAGAGCAUGGCCCCACACCCCAACACUGACUAUGUAGUACUGAGGUCGUGGCGUAACAACAUUUCUAAGGGUUGCAGUGUGUUGGUGUGUGUAUCAGUGGACUAUGAGGACAGUCCAGCCAUGGUAUCAGUCAGAGGAGUGGUUCUAGAAUCACAGUACCUUCUAGAACCCUGCGGAACCGGGAGGUCCAGACUCACACACAUCUGCAGAGUCGAUCUGAAGGGCAGGUCUCCAGACUGGUACAAGGUGUUAUAACCCAUGUUGUUGCUGUGUCCAGGGGCAGGUCUCCAGACUGGUACAAGGUGUUAUAACCCAUGUUGUUGCUGUGUCCAGGGGCAGAUCUCCAGACUGGUACAAGGUGUUAUAACCCAUGUUGUUGCUGUGUCCAGGGGCAGGUCUCCAGACUGGUACAAGGUGUUAUAACCCAUGUUCUUGCUGUGUCCAGGGGCAGGUCUCCAGACUGGUACAAGGUGUUAUAACCCAUGUUGUUGCUGUGUCCAGGGGCAGAUCUCCAGACUGGUACAAGGUGUUAUAACCCAUGUUGUUGCUGUGUCCAGGGGCAGGUCUCCAGAGUUGUACAAGGUGUUGUAACCCAUGUUGUUGCUGUGUCCAGGGGCAGGUCUCCAGACUGGUACAAGGUGUUAUAACCCAUGUUCUUGCUGUGUCCAGGGGCAGGUCUCCAGACUGGUACAAGGUGUUAUAACCCAUGUUGUUGCUGUGUCCAGGGGCAGAUCUCCAGACUGGUACAAGGUGUUAUAACCCAUGUUGUUGCUGUGUCCAGGGGCAGGUCUCCAGACUGGUACAAGGUGUUAUAACCCAUGUUGUUGCUGUGUCCAGGGGCAGGUCUCCAGAGUGGUACAACAAGGUGUUUGGUCACCUGUGUGUCUCUGAGGCCCAGAGGAUCCGUUCCUCCUUCCUCCCUCCAGACCCCCCAGGCCCCGAGACCAAGAUCUGAACCCCAGGACCAGGGCAUGAGGCUGGGCUACACCGCCAGGGAGCACGGCCCCAAGGACCAGAAGACCAGAGAGAAGUUAAUGUAAAAAAACACAGGAGAACAGGAGGGCUAGAACCGUGGACCUUCGAAGCUUGGACCUAGAUUCAUGGACCUAGAAACUUGAAUAAAAGGGCUAGUUCCAUGGACCUAGAACCAGGGAACCUAGAACCAGGGAACCGAGGAAGCAGGGGGGAAGACUAGUUCGACCUAUAACUGGGAACCAGGGUUCUGGAAGCAGCGACCUAGAACCAGGGAACAACGACUGGUGAUAUAAAAUGUAGAACCAGGAAAUAUGGAACAAUCUAUCAGGGAUUCUUAAACUUUUUCAGAAAUGGACUGUCCUCCCAUGACCCAAAUCGUCCUCCAACGACCCAAAUUAAGAAGAAAGAGUGUGUGAUGAUAGAUGUAUUCUUAUAACUCGCGACCCACCUCUCACCUGCCCAGGGACCCACUUUGGGUGCCGACCCAUAGUUUAAGAAACCCUUUUCUGAAACUUGGAACCAGAGAUUUGGAACAAUCUAAUGUAGAACCAGUGACACUGAACAAUAUUGAACUUGGAACAAGGAAUACGGAAUGUUCUAGAUUGAACUUGAAGACAAAUCUGGACCCAGAUUCACAAAACACUCCUUACGCAAAAAAAACUUAAGUAGCUGCUUUAAGAAAAAGAAAAAAGAAGUUCAUAAGAUAUCUUAAUAAGAUUGAAUGAUUUUCUUACGAACUCCUCAAAUAUCUUCUUAUACAAAUCUUCUUAAGAUGUUUGUUGCUAGGCAACCGGUUUAGCUAGCUAUCUAGCUAACAACGGUAAUCAUGUUAGCAUAUUUCCUACUGAGAUUACUGUUCUUAAACAUGUUCUUUGGUUUCAAAUAAUCAAUACUGAAACUUUCAGAUGAAGUUUGUGAGUGAAUGAAACAUGUUCAGUUGCUUUCAUGAGCUUAUUCUCUCACUGUCCAAACUUUAAGACGAGGGUUUAGCUAUCUUGGAAUUAAGAACAAAUCCAAUAACUGUAUUUUCAAGAAUCUAAUUUCUUCUUAACUUUAUGCUUAAGGAGAAACAUAAAGAAUUGACCCAUAACAUUUCCAAUAACCUUUUUGAGGAAUAUAAACUUUGCUUAACUUUCUUCUUAAGUCUACAGUUAAGGAAUAAAAUGGCAGUUAAGAAAUACAUUUCUUCUUAAGAAGGUUUUGUGAAUCUUGGGCCCCUUGGUUCCUAAAGCUUUAUCCUUGCUCUCAGCAUCAGCAUCACUGUCCUUUUAAACUACUUUUAUUAUUAUUCAUAUUAUUAGUUCUAUCGUCUUUAUUGUCUGUGUUAAUUAUAUUAUCUAUUGUAUUAUUGUUAUUUUAAUAUUAUGACGUCAUCAUUGUUCUUGUAUAAUUUUUUAUCCUGUUAUACAAUGUCUAGGACAUUUAUCCAUUUCACUGCUUCUGGGAAGCGCGUGCGUGUGUGUGUGUGUGUGUGUGUGUGUGUGUGUGUGUGUGUGUGUGUGUGUGUGUGUGUGUGUGUGUGUGUGUGUGUGUGUGUGUGUGUGUGUGUGUGUGUGUGUGUGUGUGUGUGUGUGUGUGUGUGUGUGUGUGUGUGUGUGUGUGUGUGUGUGUGUAUGUGUAUGUGUAUGUAUGUGUAUGUAUGUGUGUGUGUGUGUGUGUGUGUGUGUGUUAGUGUAAAUAAGUGAUGCUCUCUGUACCAGCAGAUAGAUAUGUCUCUCAUUACCCAUCAGGACUUUAUCAUAUUGAUAUGCUGAUGUUAUGGUCGUAUCACAUGUCCUAAAGCAAUACUGUAACUAUCUAAUGUAUUAUAAUAUAACUGUACCAUGCCGUUACCGUCAGGUUACUGAGCUGUUGUAUAAUGCUAUACUGUGUUGCCAUAGCAGUGCCAUCGCCAUGACGAUACCAUGGUGUUAGGUUGCUGUAGGGUUGACUUGGUGUUGCUUUAGGAUCACCAUGGUAUUGCCAUGGCGUUACUAUGGCGCCGCUAAACCGUAACGUUGCUAUGGUAUCGCCAUGGCUUUACCACGGGGUUACCAUGGCACAGCUAAACUGUAAUGUUGCUAUGGUGUUGCUAUGGUAUCGCCAUGGCUUUACCACGGAGUUACCAUGGCACAGCUAAACCGUAACGUUGCUAUGGUAUCGCCAUGGCUUUACCACGGAGUUAGCAUGGCACAGCUAAACUGUAAUGUUGCUAUGGUGUUGCUAUAGUACCGCCAUGCUCUGUGAGUGCUGUUUGCGUGGGAACAGUGUACUUGAUUCUGACGUGAGCCAUAGGGGAUUAUGGGUAAAUGUGAGGAGAUAGCUGAGGAGAUCAGAGGACAACAGGGUGGUUGACACCAGGCUUUAACUUAGUCUGGUCCCAGACCUGUUUGUGCUUUCAGAGGGAAACAGGGUGGUUGACACCAGGCUUUAACUUAGUCUGGUCCCAGACCUGUUUGUGCUUUCAGAGGGAAACAGGGUGGUUGACACCAGGCUUUAACUUAGUCUGGUCCCAGACCUGUUUGUGCUUUCAGAGGGAAACAGGGUGGUUGACACCAGGCUUUAACUUAGUCUGGUCCCAGACCUGUUUGUGCUUUCAGAGGGAAACAGGGUGGUUGACACCAGGCUUUAACUUAGUCUGGUCCCAGACCUGUUUGUGCUUUCAGAGGGAAACAGGGUGGUUGACACCAGGCUUUAACUUAGUCUGGUCCCAGACCUGUUUGUGCUUUCAGAGGGAAACAGGGUGGUUGACACCAGGCUUUAACUUAGUCUGGUCCCAGACCUGUUUGUGCUUUCAGAGGACAACAGGGUAGUUGACACCAGGCUUUAACUUAGUCUGGUCCCAGACCUGUUUGUGCUUUCAGAGGACAACAGGGUAGUUGACACCAGGCUUUAACUUAGUCUGGUCCCAGACCUGUUUGUGCUUUCAGAGGGAAACAGGGUGGUUGACACCAGGCUUUAACUUAGUCUGGUCCCAGACCUGUUUGUGCUUUCAGAGGGAAACAGGGUGGUUGACACCAGCCUUUAACUUAGUCUGGUCCCAGACCUGUUUGUGCUUUCAGAGGGAAACAGGGUGGUUGACACCAGGCUUUAACUUAGUCUGGUCCCAGACCUGUUUGUGCUUUCAGAGGGAAACAGGGUGGUUGACACCAGGCUUUAACUUAGUCUGGUCCCAGACCUGUUUGUGCUUUCAGAGGGAAACAGGGUGGUUGACACCAGGCUUUAACUUAGUCUGGUCCCAGACCUGUGUAUGCUGUCAUGACAACUUCUUGUUGCCAUUGUCCUGCGGCAGGUGGCUUCAUUCCUAGACGACAUGCAGUCCUCAACCAGUCAAUGCAGACAGAAUCAUCGCACUAUCUGAUGUAAGACAAUGCCUUGUCGGAGACGGCACGACCUUAUCUGGAACCAGGCUAAGGUCAAUGACAACAGGACCAGAUCUGGAACCAGGUUUAUGUCAACAGAACCAGAUCUGGAACCAGGUUUAUGUCAAUGACAACAGGACCAGAUCUGGGACCAGGUCAAUGUCUACAGGACCAGAUCUGGAACCAGGUCAAUGACAACAGGACCAGAUCUGGGACCAGGUCAAUGACAACAGGACCAGAUCUGGGACCAGGUCAAUGACAACAGGACCAGAUCUGGAACCAGGUUUAUGAUAACAGGACCAGAUCUGGAACCAGGUUUAUGAUAACAGGACCAGAUCUGGAACCAGGUUUAUGAUAACAGGACCAGAUCUGGGACCAGGUUUAUGAUAACAGGACCAGAUCUGGAACCAGGUUAAGGUCAAGAGGGUGGAAGAUACAAGGCUGUUUGUUUCUUCAGCGGAGAAUAAAACUUGUAAAAAAUA